AUGCAGAAAGACAAAUCCGGCGAAGGAUCUUCUAUUCACAUCAAGUACACUAUUAGUAGCCUCUCGUCGCAGGCUAAGAACACCGCGGUUAAGGUUGUCAACGGCACGCUCACUGUCGGAAGCUCUACAUGGGGUAGCAUCAAGCGGCCGGACCAUUUCACCUACUUCUGGCAGCUCGGCGACUCUGGAUGGGGCACCUGGACAUCAGAGAUAGGGGAUUUCGCCUCUCCCGACGACACUUUUAUUACGGUUGGCUAUGUCCCCGAGACUCAGGACUAUGCUUUCGGCCUUACUACCAAGACCGACGCCAUUACCAAAUUUCUACAGAGUGUAGUCAGAGGCAUUAUUAGUAUCCACACGAUUGCUCUGUCUGCUGGAAGUAGUUCGCUAGGAACUGUAGCUUCGGUUGGAAUUAAGGUAGCUCUUGCAGGAGCUAGCAAACUUUCAUAA